AUGGCGGAAAUAGAAGGUGUUUUGUGGGCUGAAGCCCAGAUAAAGGAGCCUAUAAACCGUGAAUAUCUACAUAUUGUAGAGAACCAUUUUCCACAUGGAGUUAACAAGUGUUAUAUAGAUGGAGCAUGGAAGGAACAUGAUCUUUAUACAGGGCAGAGAUGGGUCUACAGAAAAGAUGGAUCAACUGAUACUAUGAUGGCUGCAAUCUUUGAUAUGGGCGAUGGAGUGCAUGAAGACCCUACAAAUCUCAGAGGUGGUGUUUGCAACAAACUGUUCUCAAUUGGUGAAGAUGGUGUCUACACCGAUAGAAUGGCUGGCGUUCACUACACACAUGGAGGAGUUUCUGCGAUGGGAGGUCGUGGUGGUGGCUACAAGGAAUUGGAUGAACAAGAAUUAGAGGAAACAAAGAGACUAAGGGGUGAGGCUGAAGAAGUAAUAGCAUAUGCUUCUAAUGCAGAGUUCUUUGUUACUUCUUUUGUUGCAUUUAGUUCUUUUAUAAAUGUUUAUAAAUCAUUUUUGAGUUCCUUGUACGCUGACGAGUGUAUGGUUCUCGACAAUGAGGCUCUCUACGACAUCUGCUUCCAUACCCUCAAGCUUUCUAACCCCUCCUGUGAGUAA